AUCAAAUAAUUUUCCCUCCACAAAAGGGGAAAAAGUAUAAGUUAAUCUCUUUUAUCCUAAUCUCCAACUCAAACGAGGUUUUUUAGUCUUUGAAGGGGGAGAGGCCAAACCAAGGCUUUUCAACAACAAAAAAAUAAUAAUAGAGAACCCUCUUCCUUGAAAGCUCAUCAUCUCCUUUUGUAACCCUAAAUAAACUAAACAAAACAAAACAAAAAAAAAACUUACCUUACUGAUCAAUCAAGGAAGAGGAAAAAUUUACAAAAACAAUUCAUACAUUUAAAGACAAAUACCAAAACGGCCCCUUACAUAUUUUCCCUAAUAAGGGGUUCAAAAUACUAAUAGAAGGGAGAAAAGACAUAAACGUGUGUGUAUUAAGAGACAAAAGUCAGAGAAAAAAAAAAAAGUAGAACUAGCUAGGAUGGCGGAUGACGGAGGAAAGAAGCGGAUUGUGAUUAUAGGAGUGUCAUCCAUCCUUCUGGUGGCAAUGGUCGUCGCCGUUACAGUCGGCGUCGGAAAAGACAAUGAAGGUGGCGAUAGUGAGGAGAUCGGGGAUGGCGGAGACAGUAACAGCGCCGAGAGCAUAGCCUCCUCGAAGAAAGCAAUCACCGCGAUCUGCCAGCCGGCCGAUUACAAACAGUCAUGCGAGCAGAGCCUUGAGAAAUCGGCCCGGAACGCCACCGACCCCAAGGAGAUUGUCAUGGUCGCUUUCACCAUUGCGCAGAAGAGCAUCAACGAAGCGAUGAAGAAAUCGGACACGCUCAAGGAGCUGGACGGAGAUCCCAGGACUCACGAGGCUCUCGUCACAUGCAAAGAGCUCAUGAACAUGUCCAUUUCCGAGCUUGAGGAUUGUCUCGCCAAGAUGACAGAGAACUUCGAUUUCAACAGAAUAGAUGACUUUAUGGCAGAUCUUACCACGUGGCUUAGUGCGGCGAUGACAUAUCAAGAAACAUGUUUGGAUGGAUUUGUAAAUGUGAGCUCGGUUGCAGGAGCCAAGAUGAAGGAUUUCAUGAACAAAUCGAUGGAACUAACCACUAACGGUCUCGACAUUGUCACUGGGCUCAACUCCCUCUUCUCUUCCUUCCAACCAGACCAGGCCGGCCCAGGACGCCGCCUCCUAAACGCGGAUGGAAGUGUCAUGACGCUCCCUGUCCUCGGACACGGAAACCACCCGUUCCCCAACUGGGUUCCCGAUAGGUUCAGAAGAUUGCUCGAGGAAGACGAUCACAAGGAAGAUUCCGACGACGAGACUGAAAGGGAGAAGAACAAGGAGAAGGAGGACAAUACUGAUGGUCAUAAAGAGGACUCGGAUGAUUCAACUGAUCAAGAGGAAAAAGAAGAAGCGUCAAGGGGUAAAGUGGACUUCUCCAAGAACCCUGCAGAUAUCGCUGAUGUCGUGGUGGCUGAAGAUGGAAGCGGUGAUAGUAAGUCUGUCAAUGAAGGUUUGAAGCUCUUGGAGAAGGCAAAGAAGAAGAAGAAGGAGGAUGAGGUCGUUGUGCUCUACGUUAAGGCCGGUACUUAUAAGGAAUAUGUUGAGGUGAAUAAGAAUCUCGACAACAUGGCCAUGAUUGGAGAUGGUGCAGAUAAAACUGUCAUCACCGGCGAUAAAAACUUUAUCGAUGGCGUCAGUACUUACCAUACUUCCACCGUCGCCAUCACAGCCGACUUCUUCUUCGCCAAGAACAUUCGAAUCGUGAACAGUGCAGGGCCCGAGAAGCAUCAGGCUGUCGCCCUCCGGGUCUCCGCUGACUUUGCCAUUUUCUACAAUUGUACAUUCGACGGCUAUCAAGACACGCUGUACACCCAUACCAAGCGCCAAUUCUACCGCGACUGCACAAUCUCCGGCACAAUCGACUACAUCUUCGGCGACGCUGCCGUCGUGUUUCAGAACUGCCUCUUCUUGGUCCGAAAGCCCAUGGAGAAUCAACAGUGCAUCGUCACGGCCCAAGGCCGGAAGCAGCGCCACCAGCCCACGGCCAUCAUCAUCCAGAAUGGGACAAUCACGGCCGCCCCAGAAAUGGAGGCCGACAGGAUGAAGUACAAGACAUAUUUGGGCCGGCCCUGGAAGAAUUUCUCGAGGACGAUAAUUAUGGAGAGUUAUUUAGGUGAUCUGAUUGACCCUGAAGGCUGGAUGCCGUGGAUGGGCACCGUUGGUACCAAGACUUGCUGGUACGGCGAGUUUGGGAACUACGGGCCCGGCGCCGAUCAAAGUAAGAGGGUGACGUGGAAUGGGAUUAAGAAGAUUACCCCGCAGCAUGCGGUCGAUUUCACCCCCGGUCGGUUCCUUCGGGCUAACGAGUGGGUUAAACCGACAGGGAUUCCGUAUGUUCCAUAUAUGGUGAAGCCGUCGACGACGCGGCGGGUUGACGAAGAGGUGGUUUUGGAGUAAAAUAAAUAAAAGAAAAAGGGUGUUGCUAGUUGUGAACUAGUUUGACAAACAUUUGGGAACAUAUUGGAAGUAACUGUGUUUUUAAUUACCUUGUAAUUGUUGGAUGUAAUUUAAAGUGUUUCUAAUUUUUUUUUUCAAUUUGAUGUGAUUGGAUACUUGACUGACAAUUUUUUUUUUAAAAUUUUAUGCUUCCUAUGAUCGUUAAAUGACGAUCCAUUUUAAUUUAACUUCACGAUGUUUCAUUCCUGUAAAAAGUUUUUAUCUGAAAAGUUAACUUGUGUGUGUGAGAAUUUUCAAUUGAUUUU